AUGGAGUACUUAUCUCGUGAGAAGCUGCUGACAGAAAUUGAAAUUCGUGAUGAGAUAAUUGAAAACCUUCGUCGGGAACUGGACUCAUUCCGUAAUAGUAAUCAUUCACGUAAAACAGCUGUCUCAUCUGAAGCCGAAAAUGCUUCGAAGCCAGCAUGUGUUGUCGGCAAAAGCGAUGAAGCUUUUGAGAAUAUCGAACAUGCACUUCGUUCCAAUGCCUUCUUGAGUAAUCUUGAUUCGAAUCAGAUUGAUCGUGUUGCUUCUUCAAUGUUUCCAAUUGAGGUUCCCCAAGGGGCGACCAUCAUCCGACAAGGAGAUCUUGGUAAUACCAUGUAUGUCAUCCAAGAAGGAUCUGUUCAAGUCUUAAAAGACAACAAGUUUAUUCGUACAAUGGAAGCUGGUGCACUGUUUGGAGAAUUGGCUAUUCUGCAUCACUCUGAACGUACAGCUACAGUCCGAGCUAUAUGGCCAUGCAAGUUAUGGGCAAUUGAACGAAGUGUUUUCCAUACCAUCAUGGUUGAAACAGCUCAUGAAAGACGAACAGCUAUUAAACGUCAUUUGAAAUGGUCUCAACGUUUCUCCAGUUGCGCUGAUCAUGAGCUUAAUCGCAUAGCUGAUUUGUGUGUUGAAGUCAAAAUUCCAGCCGGCAGAUCAGCAUUAGUGCAGCCGAAAUAUCUCUAUGUUGUCACCAAGGGACAAGUUUACGUAGAAGUUGGUGAACAAUACGAACUUCUUCGACCAAGUCAGGAUUUUGAAAUCCGACGUCAUCAUUCUGGAAGAUCAAGAGAACAAAGAUUCAUUGCUGAAGACGAAACAGUCAGCCUACUCAAAAUGCAUGUGGAGCAGUUAUGUAAAGCUCUGGACACAACAGAUUUGGACGAUGAAAUACAGCCGAAAUCAAGUAUAUCAGAUGAAGCCAAUGCGGUGGAAUUCAAUUCUUUAAAAAUCGUCACGACUCUCGGUAUGGGAGGAUUCGGACGGGUAGAGCUUGUGAAAGGCUACGAACGGGUAUAUGCUUUGAAAGUAAUGAACAAAGCUCACAUCGUGGAAACAAAACAAGAAAAUCAUGUAGUAUCAGAAAGGAAAAUCUUAAUGGAAACCAAUUGCGAUUUCAUAGUCAGACUUUAUAAGACAUUCCGAGAUGCUGAAAAAAUAUAUAUGUUAAUGGAGCCAUGUUUGGGUGGUGAAAUUUGGACAAUUUUAAAACGAAAAGGCCGAUUUGAUAACGAUGGAAGUCGGUAUUACUGUGCUGGUGCUAUUGAAGCAUUGGAUUAUUUGCACAGAAAAAAAAUUGUCUAUCGCGACUUAAAACCCGAAAAUAUGCUUUUGGAUAGAAAUGGAAUUCCAAAACUUGUUGAUUUUGGCUUUGCCAAGAAGAUCAAAGAUGGUCGUACAUGGACAUUCUGUGGAACAGCGGAAUACGUUGCUCCUGAAAUUGUUCUUAAUAAGGGUCAUGAUACGGCCGUUGAUCUCUGGGCUCUUGGAAUUUUCAUCUACGAGUUGUUGACUGGAUCUCCUCCAUUCUCGAGUUCAGAUCCAAUGGUCACCUACAAUGCCAUUCUUAAAGGACUUGAUAAAUGGGCUUGGCCCAGAUUUAUUUCUAAAGAUGCCAUAGAUAUCAUGCUGGCUCUUUGUCGUCGAGAAGCAUCAGAUCGACUUGGUUACGGAAACAUUGAUGAAGUUCGUCUUCAUUUCUGGUUUGACGGAUUCGACUUUGAUCUUUUCCGUGCUCAUAAGAUGCGUCCACCAAUUCUUCCAGCGGUUCGAUCUGAUGUUGAUACAAGUAAUUUUGACACAUUUCCCAUGUUCGAUAACUUUGCUACGGGUAGCGAUGAGACUGGUUGGGAUCUCGACUUCUAA